CCAUAGAAAACCAACCCUCCCGCGUUGAAGAUUCAGAACCCUCGCAGUCUUCGAGGUCUCUCAAACCCUCGAUUGAUCGCCAUUGCUCUCCUUCUCCGCUUCUCGAUCCCUAGAUGUCGAUGGUCGUCUUGAUGAAAUCCGGCAAAGCCCGGCCGCUUUGGAGUUUCCCCGCCGUGCUCAUCGCCUGCGCCGUCCUUUCUUUCAUAUCCGGCUUCUUCUUCGCCUCCACGCUUAUCGUCCCGGACUCGUCCGCCGGCGACCCGCAUCGGUUGAGGUUAACGGAGAUGAAGCUAGAUCGGAUGCCGGCGUUGCCUCAUGGCGUCACUGGUGAACCUCGCUCCUCCGUGAUCCCUUUUCAGAUUUUGAGCUGGAAGCCUCGGGCAUUUUACUUUCCUAAUUUUGCCACCGCAGAACAAUGUGAAGCUAUAAUACAAAUUGCAAAAUUAAGCCUUAAACCGUCCACAUUAGCUUUACGAAAGGGAGAAACUACUGACAGUACUCAAGGAAUAAGGACAAGCUCAGGUACAUUUAUCAGUGCAUCAGAAGAUUCAACUGGAACACUGGACCAGAUUGAACAAAAGAUUGCAAAGGUUACAGCCAUUCCAAGAGAACAAGGGGAGGCAUUCAACAUUCUCCGAUAUGAGAUUGGGCAGAGGUAUGCUUCUCACUAUGAUGCGUUCAGCCCAGCUGAAUAUGGACCACAAAAAAGCCAAAGGAUAGCUUCUUUCUUAUUGUACCUCUCAGAUGUCGAGGAAGGGGGAGAAACAAUGUUUCCUUUUGAGAAUGGUUUGAACAUGGACAUUGAAUAUGAUUAUGAGAAGUGCAUCGGUCUGAAGGUGAAGCCUCGCCGAGGAGAUGGUCUUUUGUUUUAUUCAUUGUUCACAAAUCUCACAAUUGAUCCAACAUCACUUCAUGGGAGCUGUCCUGUGAUCAGAGGUGAGAAAUGGGUGGCAACUAAGUGGAUCAGAGAUCAAAUUCAAUACUAAAUUGUAAGAAAUGCAGCUGGAUUUUGUUUCCUAAUUUUGUUCUUUUAAAGCAUUUUCAUUGUGAUUUAGUUUCCUUGUGUUAUCCUUUGUAUCUAUUUAGACAAACGUAGGUAAAAAAUCUGAAAAGGGUGGAUUAAUCUGAAAUAAUUUGUCUCCCCUUAAUACAUGUUUUGGCUUUUACAUAUAUGGUGUUUAAUUGUUUUUGAAAUAAGAGUUUUAAAAUUUGAAUGUA